AUGGCUUAUGACCGCUAUGCUGCCAUCUGCCAACCCCUGCACUAUGGGACCCUGCUGGGCAGCAGAGCUUGUGUCCACAUGGCAGCAGCUGCCUGGGGCAGUGGGUUUCUCAAUGCUGUGCUGCACACUGCUAACACAUUUUCACUUCCACUCUGCCAUGGCAAUGGUAUGGACCAGUUCUUCUGUGAAAUUCCCCCGCUCCUCAAGCUCUCCUGCUCAGAUGCCGACCUCAGGGAAAUUGGGCUAAUUGUGGUUACUGCAUUUUUUAUCUUCGCUUGUUUUAUUUUCAUCAUGCUGUCCUAUGUGGAGAUCUUCAGGGCUGUGCUGAGGAUCCCCUCUGAGCAGGGACGGCACAAAGCUUUUUCCACAUGCCUCCCUCACCUGGCUGUCAUCUCCUUGUUUAUCAGCACUUUAAUGCUGGCCUACCUGAAGCCUCCCUCCAUCUCCUCCCCAGCUCUGGAUCUGGUGGUUACUGUUCUGUAUUCAGUCAUGUCUCCAGCAAUGAACCCCCUUAUCUACAGCAUGAGGAACAAGGAGCUCAAAGGCGCAUUGAAGCAACUAAUCCUACUGGUGGUAUUUCAGAAGCAGUGA